CCGCCCUUCUCUCCACUAGCUGAGGCGGAUUUAACAGCUGCGGCGUAGACUGAAGGAGGAGGACGCCGCCGAGGCAUCGCCAGCAUGGGAGUCCCGGCAUUUUUCCGCUGGCUGUCCAGAAAGUACGCGUCUGUGAUCAUCGAGUGUGUGGAGGACAGGCAAUACAACACUGACGAUGGAAAGCAGAUCCCUCAGGACACCUCCAAACCCAACCCUAAUGGGAUCGAGUUUGACAACCUGUACCUGGACAUGAAUGGGAUCAUCCACCCUUGCACCCACCCUGAGGACCGCCCCGCCCCCAAGAAUGAGGACGAGAUGAUGGUGGCGAUCUUUGAGUGCAUCGACCGCCUCUUUGCCAUCGUACGGCCGAGGAAGGUGCUGUACAUGGCCAUCGACGGUGUUGCUCCGCGCGCCAAGAUGAACCAGCAACGCUCCAGGAGGUUCAGGGCAUCAAAGGAGGCUGCCGAGAAGAAGACAGAAGUGGCUCGCCUCAGACAGGAGCUGCAGGAUAAGGGUUACAAAGUGCCACCUGAGAAGCCCAAGGAGGCACACUUUGACUCCAACUGCAUCACACCCGGCACGCCUUUCAUGGACAGGCUCUCCAAGUGCCUACAUUACUACAUCCAUGAUCGCCUCAACAACGAUCCAGGGUGGAGGGACAUUAAGGUCAUCCUCUCUGAUGCCAACGUGCCCGGCGAGGGGGAACACAAGAUCAUGGACUAUAUCCGCAAGCAGCGCGCCCAGCCGGACCAUGACCCCAACACGCAGCACGUCCUCUGCGGCGCUGAUGCUGACCUCAUCAUGCUGGGUCUGGCCACGCAUGAGGUCAACUUCACCAUCAUCCGAGAGGAGUUCAAGCCCAACAAACCCAAGCCCUGUGACAUUUGCGGCCAGCUAGGACACGAGCUGAACGAGUGUGUUGGGGUGGCAGAGGGUGGUGCGGGGGAUGAGCCCGAUAAGGUGUUCGAGGAGACGCGCUACAUCUUCGUGCGCCUGAAUGUGCUGCGCGAGUACCUGGAGAAGGAGCUGGAGAUGCCGAGCCUGCCCUUCAAGUAUGACUUUGACCGCGCCAUCGACGACUGGGUGUUCAUGUGCUUCUUCGUAGGGAACGACUUCUUGCCACACUUACCUUCCCUUGAGAUCAGAGAGAACGCCAUUGACCGCCUCGUUAAACUCUACAAGGACUGCUGCUACAAAACGGGUGGCUGGUUGACGGACAGCGGCACGGCUAACAUGCGGCGUGUCCAGAUGAUUCUCCAGAACCUCGGCAAAGUGGAGGACGAGAUCUUCAGGAACCGACAGAGGAGGGAGCUGGACUUCCGCGCCAGGGACAAGGCCAAGAAGAAGGCUGAGAAGAUGGAGAAGGAGGCCGCCAACAGGUUCAAGAACGAGACUGGCCAAGGGGCGCUGGGCGUGAUGAGGGCCGGGGAGACUGCUGUAGCUCAUGGGGCCAAGGACUCCAUCAUGGAACAGCGCUACAUGAACAUGGACCGCCAGGGAGGACAGGGACGCGGGCAGAAGAGGUCCAUAGACAGUGUGAACGGGUCCGACGACGAGGAGGAGACUCCGGAUGAGGUGCGCCUGUACGAGCCGGGCUCCAAGGACCGCUACUACGAGUCCAAGUUUGAAGUGAGCCCCAACAACCUGGAGUUUAGGAAGAACGUGGCCGAUGAAUAUGCUCGUGGCCUGUGCUGGGUCCUCAAGUACUACUAUCAAGGCUGUGUGUCGUGGGACUGGUACUUCCCCUACCACUACGCACCCUUCGCCUCAGACUUCACCAACUGCGAGCAUGCCAACGUCACAUUCAACCUGGGGACGCCAUUCAACCCCCUGGAGCAGCUGAUGGGGGUGUUCCCUGCCGGCAGCCGCUCCCACGUGCCGGAGCCGUGGGGGGAGCUGAUGCUUGAUCCAGAUUCGGUCAUCAUCGACUUCUACCCCGAGGACUUCAAGAUCGACCUCAACGGGAAGAAGUUCGCCUGGCAGGGUGUGGCUCUCCUUCCUUUUGUGGAUGAGAAGCGAUUAAAGAACGCGCUCGAGGAAGUCUAUAACCAGCUGACCCCAGAGGAGAUACGGCGUAACCAGCGCGGCGACGACAGACUCUACAUCAGCGUCAAGCACCCAUCAUACACCAGCUUGAUGGACCUCUAUCGCCUUGGCAUGGACAACGAGAACGAGGUUCCGAUCAGUGGCAAGGAGUUCCAGGGGAUGCAGGGCUUGGUGCUGCUGGCCAAGGACAAUGUGGAGACCAACGGUGUGCUGAGGACCCCGGUGCAGGGCAUGGACGAUGUGCUGAAGAACCAGGUGGUCACAGUGAGGUACCGCAACCCCAAGUACCCCUCGGACUUCAUCUUCCCGGCCAGGAAGCUGGAAAAGGCCAAGGAGCCUCCGCGCGUCCUCAAGCCAUCAGACCUCAAUCAGCAGCAGUCCAGGAACUACCGUCCAGUCAUCGGCUUCAAUCCCAACAUGCCCCGCGCCCACCUGGACUCCUCCGGCCACCGCGCCCUCAACCACAACCUGCCGAACCUUCAGGGUGGAGGAGGGCUGUACAGCCAGAACGUGCCCCUCCUCAAAGGUGAUCGAGGAGGGGAGGGGCUUCUGGGAGCAAGUCCUUGCCUGCUUCCACCUCCACCGACACCUGGAGGCGGCCUGGGCUCUGAGCUAGGUGGUGGAGGAUCUCUCAUGGGUUCUGGAGAGGGAGGAGGAGGCCUCUUAGGAGCAGGACCUGAUAUGCAAGCAUUUUACGAAGACUCUGGAAAUGCUCUUGGUCACUACAGCAACCAAGGCAGGGGUCAGGGCCGAUACUCUGGGGUCCCGCCGCCCGGAGACUCCAGGGACAGCAAUCGCAGGUCAGGUGGCGGUGGCGGUGGCGGCCGCAGCCUCUUGGGAGAACCGCCGUCCUUCAACUUCCCCAUGAUGAGCCAGUCGUCGAAUUACCGCAGCAACUCGAGAAGCAGUAAUUACUCAGGAGGUGGAGGAGGAGGUGGAGGUGGAGGAGGAGGAGGAGGAUACAACCAGAACUACAGCAACUCCGGGGGCUAUGGUGGCAGGUCUCAGGGCGGGUAUGGUAACAAUGACAACAGUAGCAGGUCCCAGGGUGGCUAUGGCAAUGACAACAGCAGGUCCCACGGAAGCUAUGGUGGCGACAAUGGCAGGUCCCACGGAAGCUAUGGUGGCGACAAUGGCAGGUCCCACGGAAGCUAUGGUGGCGACAACAGCAGCAGGUCCCAAGGUGGCUAUGGCAACAAUGACAACAACAGGUCCAGUAGCUACAGCAGUUCUGGAGGUGGGUAUGGUUACAACACCGGGAACAGCAGCAACAACUCACGCUCUGGCAGCAGCUACGGUUACAGCACGUCCAGUCACUCCUCGGACAGUUACAGCAGGAGUAGCAGCAGUAACCAGGGCGACGGAUAUGGCUCAAACUGGAAGGGCCGAGGUGGAAGUGGAGGUGGAAGUGGAGGAGGAGGAGGAGGAGGAGGAGGAGGGUAUUACACGUCAAGGAAUUAGUGUUAAGGCAUGGUUGUUUGAGGAUGUGUGUGCUGUUUUGUUGUUAGGGAUGGCACCGUUUCCCGACAGUCUUCUUUCCUGUGUGUUCUCGGAGCGAAGUUUGACACGAUGCCUGGCUAGUCAGUCAGUCAGUCAGUCAGUGGCCCUCGUUUAAUUGUAGGUUAGCUAGCUUGAUAUCUGUAGCGUUCCGUGUAGCAAUGUUGCUGGGUAUGGAAGGGAGGCGAUAGGGUAAGAAAGUGAGCUGCAAUACCACGGGAAUGUACAUUUAAUUUAAUUUCAUGUUAUUAUAUCAAUUUACCUUUUCCCUUAGUGAAGUUAUGGGAUGUGCAUCUUUGCAGUAUAGAGUUUUAUAUAUGAUUUUACUAUAUUAAGCUUCAGUAUAUGUUACUGAACAACUGACUGGGCUGUCACUGUUAAUAGCCUACAGUAAGUAUUUUCCCUUUGUCUUAUUUAUGCCCAUGAGUCACACUGAUGCAGCCCCUGUCCACCACUGUAAUAAUAACAUUUGAGUUCUGCUUUUA